UCCAAUUUGAACUCAAUUGCGUUCUCAUUUCUUCUUUCAACCAUUUGUCGUCCUCUCGGAGCAAAGUAAACCAGUAGACUUAGUCUUUCAUGGAAACUACGCCUUUCCCAUUUCUUAAUCAAGAGGAGUUUUCCCAUUUCUUAAGUCUCCUCUCUGAAAUGGAUAAUGGGAACACCAAUUUAAAGAAGCGGAGAAGAAAGGAAGAGGAAGAGUUUAACAAGAGUGCUUGGAGUGAUAUUCUUACUUCGUUAAUUAUGUUAGACGAAGAGGAGAAACAAGAACAAGAGCAGUGGUCUUCCCAAUCUCAGCAAGAUAGAGCUCUCUUUGAAGACAAUCAAAAGCGAAGCAACCAAGCUAUGAAUGAUUAUUUAACUGAAUUUCAGCAGCAAUUGGACGAGGUAGAUGCAGUGGAUCAGUUGAGGACUAAACGGUGUCGUCGUGUGGCUGCCGUGGUGGCUACUACUGCUUCUGCUGCAGCAGCAUCUGAAAACGCCGCCGCUGUUGCGGAUAAUUCGAACCAGAGCAAUUCGGCUGGGCCGAGUCACAGGCGGUUGUGGGUGAAAGACCGAUCCAAGGACUGGUGGGACGAGCGAAAUCACCAGGAUUUUCCUGACGAACAGUUUAAGCGUGAUUUUCGGAUGAGUAAGGCCACCUUUAACUUGAUUUGCGAGGAGCUGGAAUCUGCGGUUAUGAAGAAGAACACUAUGCUUCGUGACGCUAUUCCGGUUCGCCAACGGGUGGCGGUCUGUAUUUGGCGGCUGGCCACUGGUGAACCGCUCCGGGUUGUCUCGAAACGGUUCGGAUUAGGGAUUUCAACUUGUCACAAGCUGGUGUUGGAGGUUUGCUCGGCCAUUAAAACCGUCUUGAUGCAGAAGUAUUUACAAUGGCCCGAUGAACAGAAAAUGAAACAAAUUAAAGAGGAGUUCGAGUCCAUUUCUGGGAUUCCAAAUGUUGGUGGAUCAAUGUACACAACCCAUGUGCCAAUCAUCGCCCCCAAGGCCAGUGUUGCAGCUUAUUUUAACAAAAGACACACAGAGAGGAACCAGAAAACUUCUUACUCCAUUACAGUUCAAGGAGUCGUCGAUCCAAGAGGCGUUUUCACUGAUGUUUGCAUUGGGUACCCAGGUUCAAUGCCAGAUGAUCAAGUUCUUGAGAGGUCCGCUUUGUCUCAACGGGCCAACCGCGGGCUUUUAAGAGAUGUUUGGAUCGUGGGAAACUCUGGGUAUCCACUAAUGGACUGGGUUCUAGUGCCUUACACACAGAAGAAUUUAACAUGGACACAACAUGAAUUCAACGAGAAAAUCGGGGAGGUUCAGAGAAUAGCUAAGGAUUCUUUCGCAAGAAUGAAAGGCAGAUGGGCUUGUUUACAAAAGAGGACCGAAGUGAAACUACAAGACUUGCCCGUGGUUCUUGGAGCCUGCUGUGUUUUGCAUAAUAUAUGUGAAUUGAGAAACGAAGAGAUGGACCCUGAGCUCAAAUUUGACCUCUUCGACGAUGAGAUGAUUCCUGAAAAUAUCCUGAGGUCUCAAUCUGCCGCACAGGCUAGAGAUUACAUCGCUCAUAAUCUUCUUCACCAUGGGCGCGCUGGGUCUUCCUUUCUACGUUAAUCUUCUGUUUUUGCAAAUUUGUUAUUCUUUUUGGAGUAUAGGUUGUUAGUUACUUAAUUUACACACUUAUUCUGUUGUAUUAUUGUCAUUAGAUUUUUUGGUGGGUUCACUUCUAUGUAUAAGAUUUGUUUACCCUCUUGACUAAUAAAAUGAUUGUAUACUUAUAUUUGAUCCCCAA